GGAAAACGUUGCGCAGGUUCUAAAGCGGGGCGGGGGGACGGGAGGGGGCGCGGCCGCGCGCGAGGGGGCGUGUGAGGGGGAGCGGCGGGUAACGGCCGACAGCGGGCAACGGCUGCCGCCACCGCCGCCGUGCGCCAGGCGCGUCCCGCAGCGCCGCCGUCCCGCCCGCUGCAUGGAGCUGUCGGCCAUCGGGGAGCAGGUGUUUGCGGUGGAGAGCAUCCGCAAGAAGCGCGUGCGGAAGGGUAAAGUAGAAUACCUCGUGAAAUGGAAAGGAUGGCCUCCCAAAUACAGCACAUGGGAGCCAGAGGAUCAUAUCUUGGACCCUCGCCUGGUAGUGGCUUAUGAAGAAAAGGAAGAGAGAGACCGUGCAUCAGGGUACAGGAAAAGAGGCCCCAAACCAAAGCGUCUCCUACUGCAGCGGCUGUAUGGCAUGGACUUGAGGAGUGCCCACAAGGGAAAGGAGAAGCUCUGCUUCUCUCUUGCACGGAGGUUUGGAGGAGGAGACAGCAGCCUGCCAGGGGCCAAGCCAGGGCAGGCAGAGUUCUCAGAGAAGACUGGGGGAGCGGUCCUGCCAUUCUCUCUCCGAAAGCAGCGCAAAAACCAGAAGUACCUGCGACUGUCAAGGAAGAAGUUCCCCCGCAUCUCGAGCCUGGAGAGCCGAAACUGCAGGCAUGAGUUCUUCCUGAAUGAUGCAGUGGGCCUGGAGGCCAGGCAGGACCCUGAGGACUGGGAGGCUAUGCAGCACACCAACAAAGAAGCAGAUGUGGAUGGCAGUCUCCCUUGGAUUCCCACUGUGCCCCCCAGCGAAGUGACAGUGACAGACAUCACAGCAAACUCCAUUACCGUCACUUUCAGAGAAGCACAAGUGGCUGAGGGCUUCUUCCGAGACCGGAGCGCACAGUUCUGAAUCUCCAUUUUCAGUGCUCCCCAAAACCAGUGCUUUGAGGGUGGGGCUAUAGGGAAGGGUUAUUUUAUCCCUUAAGAAAAAAACAAAUCCAAAAUGUCUCCUCUUAAAAUGUUUACACAGACCUUUUUUUUUUUUUUCCUCCCUUUUCCUUUUCUCCCUCUCAGAUACGCAAAAAAGAGCAGUGUAGGGGCUGUGUUUGUCAUUGCUUUGUCCAGCUGAAAACCUGACAGCCCUUUCCUUGGCAAAGACUACCCUCCUAGAUGUAAAAGAAGCAAGCUGAACAAUUCACCUUUUAUCCUGUCAAGUGGCGGCAGCUGCAUUUGUGGGGAGAGGGCAUGUGGAGGUUGAAAGAGAGCUGGGUCUCUGUCCUGCCGCCUUGCUCUGCAAUUGAUAGCCCUUGGAUAAAGAUUCUUCUCUGUGCAUUGCUCUUCCCACCUUCCUCCUCCCUCUCUUCCUGCAGCAGUGAGAGGCGAUGGAUCCUACCUGGGUAGAUAACUCCAGCCUGUUAGGAGUUUCUCUCCUGUGGCCUGCUGUUAGGACUUCAGAACCAUAUUUGCCUGUCUGUGGUCAGUCCUUGCAGCAUGGGUCCGUACAGACUGCGGAGGUUUCUCCCUUUGAUUGUUGAUCAUGUGGAAAGACUGAAGUACAUCCCUGCAAUGUAGAUUGGUGAUGUACAUUCAAUUUGCUCUCAUUAAAGGCUCAGAAGCCCGGCGCAGACGAGAACAUACCGUUCUGGAUAUGCUAAACAGGAUUUCCAGGCUCAGCUCUGCAGUGUGAGGAAUGUGUUAUGGAAAGUGGGGUGUUCUUACCCUUUGCAAAAUUCAGUAUUAGUAACAAAUGCUGCCCUGAAUGUGUGGCAAUAAGCUAGUUGAAAACUGACUCCUCUCCCCUGGGAGGAGGGGCUAAUAGGACAACCAAAGCAUUGCCUGGCACUGCAAAGACAUAUGAGAUACUGGCACAGGCCCAGGACACAGGAGUUGGACAGGACUGAGCUAGAAAUGGACCUUGAUUAGAAGAAAACUCUGUUCUUGGAUCCCAUUGAGAGGUCCAAGGUAAACAACAUGUGGGGAAGGCAUGAGGAGGGGAAAACAUUUCUGAGCAAUAAGAAUUCUUGGAUUGUACUGCCUGAGUAAUAAUCUUCCGUGACUCCACUCUCCUCACAGUAUCUGUGAUCCUGUACUGCUUUUCUGAUAGGAACUUCCCCUUGGAAGGCUUAAAAAUCUUUGCCAAGGAAAGCGGUCUGCAUUUCAAUAGGCCCUGCCUGAACUUGCACUUAAAAAUGUCUUGUGCUGGACUGCCUGUGACACUUGGAGGUGUGUGAAGAAUUGCUGUAUUUUGAGUUGGUAGUUUAGCAUAGCAUCUGUUCUUGCACAUGCAUGUUCUCUUCAAUUUUUUUUGAAAGCAAAUUUUAUUUAAAUAACUUAGAUUUUUAAAUAUAGACCUUUUCCUAUGGAAAGAAAGAAAAGUAGGCUAGAAUCUAAGGUGGGAACUGCAGGACAGAGUGCUGCAAGGUAACAUUGACUACCUUCAUGAUUAGUGUCCUUUAAAUUCUUUGUUUUCUCUCCCUGCCCCUCCUGAAGCAUCUCUUACCUGCUGUAUUUAUCCUAAAUGAAGCUAUGAGCCUUCUGAGCUCUGAAGUAAGGACACCCAUGGAAAUCCUCACUGUGUUCCUUUGAAGGGCUAGGCUGUUGGCCUGCAGAAUUUGGGAGCUCCAGGGCUUCCAGUCCUCAAAACACCUGCUUUUUGCAAAGUGCUUGGACUUCCUCCAUGUUUUUUCAUUAAAAGUGGGUUUUACUUCAGAUAGGAUAUAUAGCAGCUCAGUGUAGACUCAGGAUCUCCCCUUCCAUCUCAAAUCUCUUUUGAGCAGGCCUUUCUUUCGCUGUGUCACAGCAGUUUCAGGACCACUGGGAAGAUCUUGACUUUCUGGAUGAACCUUCUGUCUCUCAAAAGUGACACAGGAGUUUUAUUGUGGAGAAAUCUGGAAGGGUGAGAAGUGGAAGCUGGCAGGGGGAGGAAUUAAUGUAGUGGGAGGAAGAGCGAGUGGGAAGGAAGCCUGCAAGAGCUAGCAAGGGCAAAUCGAUGAGGUAAGCGUAUAGGCUGAGGAUGUUUGUUGAAUGUGGGUGUCCAGCACGAGGCUUCUGUAUCUGGAGUUGCACCCACUUUUGGAGGUUGUGGGGUCAGACAGUGUUGUCAUCACUUCCACAGCCCCCCUCUUCCCAGCACCUGUCAAAUGCUCUGAAUACCUGCAUCUCUCUCUUGUCACCAGUGGGGACACCACACAGCUGAGCCCUAUCUUGAGGGUUGUAGCAGGUCAGGUAGUUACAGCUGCAGAAGCAAAAUAUUUUAGCUUAUUUUUUUAAAAAGUCUUGAACUCCAGCUCAUCCUGCUAAAUAUUCAUGGCUUUUAUAGGAUCUGGUUUCUUUAAUGCAGCUACUGCUGCUUUAGCCCUGUCUUCAUCUCAGUGUACAAAUACACCAAAAAAGCUUCCUACUUUCUAAGGUUCCUGUCUUCACCUGAUACGGGAAGUGUUCUCAGUCCUGUGGUAGGGAAGAGCUUGUUCUAAUAAACUGGAUUUCACACAGUCAUAGAAUGAUUUGGGUUGGAAGGGAUCAUAAAGAUUCCAGCCCCUUGCCAUGGGCAGGGACACCUUCCACUAGACCAGGUGCUGCAAG